GGGUCUUUGAUAUUUGCUCUGGUGACUGCAUUGGCGUUAAUCAUUACAUCCAAGCACCUGGCCAAUAACCGCGUCCCUCUUGCAGCAGGGAAUAGCCCGAUUUCAAUCCUAUGCCAGCACUAUCGAUUUGUCGCUGAUGGACCCGGCCUGAUCAAGAAGGGAUAUACCCGCUUCUCAGAUGGGUUAUUCGAAAUCCCACGCACGUUUCGCUUCGGGCAGAUCAUUCUCUGUAAGCCGGAGCUGAUCGAGGAGCUAAAGAAUACUUCCAGUGCGAUUGUGUCCCCCGAGCCAUGGAUUGACCAGAUAUCCCAUGUCAUGCCGGGUUAUUUUCGCAAAGGAGGGGGCUGGCCUGCCAUUGCCAAAACCACACCGGGUGUCAUUCGAGGGACGGUGUACAAGCAUUUGGAUCAGUAUGUGCCCUCCAUGAACGAUGCUAUUCUUUCACAGAUGCGUACCCUUGAGUUUAAGGAUGGUGAAUGCACUGUUGGCUGCUUCGAUUUCGCAUACUCGGUGGUAGCACGCAGCGGCAGCUUUGCCAUGGUUGGCUCACGGCUUUCACAAGACGAAGAGUACCUAGAGGCCGUCAAAGAUCACAUCCUCGGAAUGAUUGUGACCUCUCGAGUUCAGUUUUUGAUCCCAGACUGUCUGAAAAGGUACCUCGGUGGCUUCAUUAGUCGACUGGCUACGUUGGGCACUCGAUGGAACAUGCACGCCUCACGCAAAAUUCUGCUCAGGCAUUUUGACGCACGAGCAGGAGAAUAUCGCGAUGAAAUGGCCAGUGGUAACAAUAUGGACCAGGCCAAUCCCGAGCAUGCGGACAAGCCGGUCGAGAUCUUCCGCUGGCUAUACGAAAGCUCAGUCCUCCGCCAGCGAUGGACAUAUGCCGAAGUGAUCGGAGAGAUGCUAUUACUCCAAUUUGCAUUCAUCUACACGACCGCCUAUGUAUGUCCCCAUUUCCACGGAAUGGGAGACGUGCAGCUCACGUAUAAGCAGGGGCUCUACGGCGCACUGGCCGAGCUAGCACAGCGCCCGCAGUACAUUCAGCCUCUCCGCGAAGAAAUCGAAAGCGUCUUGACCGAAUGGGGAGUCUCCGUCGCCGGAUGUGAACGAAUGAUCCUACUAGACUCUUUCCUUAAAGAGUGUCAGCGCUUGCAUCCCCCUGCAGCUGGCGUCGUCCUUAAACCAGGAACCCACGUCGGGGUUCCAAGCGGCUGGAUCCAGCGCUCCAGUUCCAGUUACUCACACCCCGAAGCCUUUGACGGCUUCCGAUUUGCAAAACGUGCUGCAGCCGGGGUUCCUAACACGCGGCUCGUCGAUCUGAGCCCCGAUUAUCUCGUCUUCGGGAUGGGCGUGCAUGCCUGUCCUGGUCGAUGGAUGGCAAGUGCGCUGAUGAAGCUCGUUUUUGCUCAUCUCUUGCUGCAUUUUGAUGUCCUGUCUGGCUCGGCGGGACCUCUGACAGGGUCUCUUUCGUUUGAGGAGUUUUAUGUACCUAAUUUCGGGCUAAAGAUUUGUUUGCGACGGAGAUAG